GCAAUUUGCACUCAUCAUCUCACCCUCACACUCAGUAGAGAACUAGUCGAACAAAGCAGUGCUCGUCGUUCUCAAUCGCCGGGAGGAGGAUCAAUGGCGUUCAUGCGGUACCGUGGGCUGCCGCAGGGGGAGCUAACGGCGGAGGAGUUCUGGGCGUGGCUAGGUCAAUUCGACGCUGACCACGACGGGAGGAUCAGCCGCGAGGAGCUUCAGCGGGCGCUGCAGAGCCUGAACCUGUGGUUCGCGUCCUGGAAGGCGCGGGAAGGGCUGCGCGCCGCCGACGCCGACCGUGACGGCGCCGUCGGCGGGGCGGAGGUCGGCCGGCUCUUCGCCUUCGCGCAGAGGCAGCUUGGGAUCAAGAUCACCCAGCUCGGCUCCUACUGAUUGAUCAGCUCGACGUGAGUUGAUUUGCCGCUGUACCUAUGAUCAAGUAGGUGUAUUGAGAUCGGUCCCUUGAUGUGGAAGUGUGGAGUGUGAGAUGAACGUUGUACUUUUGAAAUCCCAUUUGGCAAACCUUUGUGGAGGUUUCGAAGGUUUUUUACUACUCCCUCCGUCAAACUCGUCUUACUUUGUUUAAAUUUAGGUGUGUCUGUUUCACGGAUGAGGGAGUAAGUAAUUACAACACCAUUGACUA